GGAACCAUUCUGUAUUAGGUCCAUGUGAAUUCCAAUUUAGAGCCUUCGUAGAAGGCAUGUUGGCAAACGAUCGUGUUCUGUUAUUCCCCCUCCCGCCAAUACACGUACGCAAAUAUACAAGCUUUGAUGACCUGAAAACGUCUGUAUGAUACUGCCGUACGUCGGAAAGUUGUGGCAAUUUGCUACUAUAUUGUGUCGUAACAAUGUCUGAGACUAUACGCAGUGCGCAUUUGUACAGGCUGUAGCCUGUCGGAGCCAGACUAUUGUCCACCGCGAGCCCGGUGUAAACACGCAGUUCGAUUAUGACAUGUUUUAAUUCCCUCUUCUCAACUCUCUAACUCCAACCUCCGCUGCCUUUGGUCGUCUCCGCCAGCUCUGAGUCCAAAUCCACCAGUAAAAUGUCCUCUAUGCUCGAAAUUCGACUGUGUAGAUACAUUUACAGAAUUUAAAAGUGCUAGUAAACUUUCCACCGCGCCUUUUGCUCUGCGACCGACAGCUUAAAAACAUUAGAUGACGAAGACCCUCCACCGUAGGUGAUGGAACUAUGCGUAAGUUCACGAAAAGUGUCUAACCAAUCGGAUACCCAGGCCAAACGCAUCUACUAGAACUCUCACUUAAUACUGAACGACCUCCAGCCAGCUAAACACACAAACGAAAUAUUGAAAGUAAUAUUAUAUUGGUUAGAAAUAGCAAUUUGUGCUCAUAAAACGUAAAUGCCGAAAGUUCGAAAAUUUAUCUCAAAUAAAUAAGCUUACUUUGUAGUCGUAGAUUAGGCCUGUCCAUGCGAACUGGUAAAUAAAUAAAAUAGCAUAAGUAGCGUUUAAAUAUUUUGGGGUAGUUUUUGGUGCUAAUAUCCUUCAGAAAUUAUUGUAAUAUGCAGAUAGUUGCCUGAUGUUCAACUGUGUAUUCCUUAAGACGAUGUUACAAGAAUCCGAUGUAGUUUUUGGUGUUUGGAUUGCGCAGAUGCCCAGUUACAGGCUCACGCGGCGCCAGCUGGGAUUCGAGGCGUCCCUCCUUUUUUUCUCGUAUAAAAUCCUCGUCAGUGUACAUUGUGGACCAAGAGGUGUAGUGGUACGCUUGUUGUGGUUUUUUCGCCGCGCCUUCUCCCGCCUCCGGUCUUCUUGACUCUGUUUUUACACCGGCUCGAGAUGUGAGAGGAGGAGAGAGUUCUGUAGACGCGUCGCAAGUCCAGUCUCACUUUAAACUAACUCAUGCUCAAGUCACUGUCCCUGCUCCCUGCCUGCUGUGGCGCACACAAUGGACAUCGUCGGUCAUGACGGUCGAACUGUCGCGAUUAAUAAAUGGGACUACAAUUUGCAAAUGCAAUCAUAAACAUACCACUUCAGGACAGCUUAUUCUCCGUAAAAUUGCAAUAUGCUUUCUGCCGCGAUGGACUUUGAUGCAUUCCCUAACGUCCUUGAAAUGCCAGUGACUAGUGUAUGGUUUUUGAAGUUCUUCACAAGCAUGUUGCAGCAAAGUAUUGCCUGGAAGGACAAUGAUUUCAUUUCAGGGAAUAAAAUUACACUGACUUACAAUUUGGGUUUUUUAAAUUAGAGUAAACUUCUAUCUCUCCAAAAGUAUCAUGUUCAUCCGCAUCUAGCCUUACCUGUUGUAUGCGGUGCGUAGUCACUUUUCUAGUUGACAACAGUUGUUCUGGUAAAAAAAAAAUCAUCCAAAUUAAUUCUUUCCAUUGAAGAAAUACGCACAAAUGCGCGAAUGUGGUCUAUGACAGGUAUUAGUUUAGGAAAUCGCCUAUUUUCAAGGUUACGUUUACUUCCGCCCAAAUGGAGUCAUGCCUGAAUGAUGUGAACUUGGCUAUUUUCUGUAUGAAAGCACUCGAUUAAGAAGUUGCAAAUGUAGCUAUUUGCCAAAUUAACGCUCUAUUCAGUUUCGUUAAGCGUUCGAUUACCGAAAAUUCCCUUAUUCAAUCGUAUACAACGUACUUUCCUUUUAAUCAUGUGCAACAUUCUCAUUCCGUCUUACAGUGCGUGACCGAUCUCAUGAAAUGUUGACCGAAAUUCUGAAAUUCGUUUUCGAUAAGGUAGGAUUGCUUAGGUGGGGUUAUGAUACUGAUUAGCAUGCGGCAUAAUCCUAUAGCAUUUCGGACUCGCCAGGAUGUCGGCUUUUAUAUGCACUCCUUGUUGACCUCCUGCAGAAACCGUACUUGGUAAAAAAAUGACUACUUAAGUAGCAUGCAUUUUUCCUAUGGAUUUUUGAUGGUCUUAUAAAUUCCAAUAUAUCUUAUAGAAAACGUCACAAAAAUAAGCUUUCUUUUGCUCAUUUGGUAGAAAAUAACAUUGUCCUUGCAUUUUAUGCACAAAGAAAGUGUAUAUGUGGGUUUUAAAAAAGUUUCCCAAUAUUCCAAUAUUUUUGAACCUGAUUUGCCAUUGCAUCAGUGUUCAGCAAUUUCAGCCACCAAGAUGCAUGCUUCCCGCGUAAGGAAAAUCACAAAUUCCUCGAUGCUUUUAAGAGGAUACCCCAUAAAGUUCAUAAAAUUUCGCAAUGGAUCCGAGGUGUGUUGUGCAUUUCAUGAGGAGCAAUAGUAAACGGACAUUUGCGGUCCUGUAUGCGUGAGCAUCGCACGGUCUUAAAAACCUCACAAUUAGAAACUUUUUAAAACCUACAUAUACACUUUCUUCGUGCAUAAAAUGCAAGGACAAUGUUAUUUUCUACCAAAUGAGCAAAAGAAAGCUUAUUUUUGUGACGUUUUCUAUAAGAUAUAUUGGAAUUUAUAAGACCAUCAAAAAUCCAUAGGAAAAAUGCAUGCUACUUAAGUAGUCAUUUUUUUACCAAGUACGGUUUCUGCAGGAGGUCAACAAGGAGUGCAUAUAAAAGCCGACAUCCUGGCGAGUCCGAAAUGCUAAAGGAUUAUGCCGCAUGCUAAUCAGUAUCAUAACCCCACCUAAGCAAUCCUACCUUAUCGAAAACGAAUUUCAGAAUUUCGGUCAACAUUUCAUGAGAUCGGUCACGCACUGUACCUUUCGCUGUCAACAUAUAAAUAAUUGUAAUUUUCCUGUUGUUUUAAUGCAUUUUUUGAAGCUGAUUUCCUUAUUUUCACUACAACUUUCUCUCUUAGACAUACGCCAGAUUAAAGUGCUUGUGGAGUUUUUCAACAAGGAAGAGCAACGUUAUGCAAUCAAGCAUACACAGGACCAAGCGCGUACGUUAAUCUUGAUCUUCAUUUUUGUAGCCUGCUCAAGGCUCUCCUAAGUCGGCUUUUUGGACUUGUAUUUCUCUGUCCACAUUUGGCUAUGCGUUGUGGGUGUCGUGCUGCUUACUACUGUUAAUCAUCCACUUCCUGCCGAAUUCGAUGCUGAAGACCGGAGUAAAGUUUUUCACGGGGACAUUUUAAGGUCACUGCUCAUCUAAACUAAACACCCCUGCAGCCUCAGUUACCUAAGUGUUUUGUGUCAGUGUCAGUGGCACUAACUUCCCCUCAAAUGACACCUACGAAGUGGCGACCCUUUCCAAAUUUUUCUUAAAGUUGUUUGAAGUGUGUUGGGGUAAAAAUUCAAUGUUCUUCUCCUUGCUUCUUGUAUGACUGAAAAGUCAAUUGGCUAACAUAUGUUUUCGGUAAAUUCUCAUCAGGCCUGUACAUUUACAAGGGAAGUGAUCAGUCUAAUUGUCGACAGGGUAUAAAUGUGUCUCGGGGGCAGAGUUAAUCGGACUCCAUGUUCUCACGCCGCCCGCAUGACGGAGUCAGCGUGUUGAGGACGCUGGAGUUGGUGUGGGAGGGGGGGGGGAGUAGUGGGAGGGGGGGGGGAAGUAGAGGGGUUCCGGUUGGAUUGUAGGCGCUGUGAGUGCAUGUGACUGCUCUCAGUGCGUCGGUAUGGCGUGCGAUCACCGUCUGGAGUCGGCCGGGGCAGACAGACUCCUUGUGUCAGCGUCUUCUGACAACAGGGUGCUGGGUUCGUCAGCCGAAUGGCCACUGCUUCGGCUGUGGCUAGCACCCUGUCGACAAUUAGACUGAUCACUUCCCUUGUAAAUUUACAGGUCUGAUGAGAAUUUACCGAAAACAUAUGUUAGCCAAUUGACUUUUCAAUCGUAAAAUGGGAAUUUUCGCAGAACUUUUAUGACUGUCUAAAUCCUUCGUAUUAUCGAUCGAAAUUGACUUCCGUCUAGUCAUUUCUAGCCACGCGUUGAGAAUUCUUACCCGUCUACUGUUUUUUGUCUGUUAACGUACCUACCAAAACGUUAGUGAUUCUUAUUUACAUCACUGAUUACCCCUCUGUCUUUUUUCAGUCAUUAAAACAUAUUUCGUCGUCAGACGUUUGGAUGACAAGCCAGUCGUUGUUCUAGAUACUGUAAGUUGAAUAGUCAGCGGCCCUUGAUUUAUGAAAGAAAUGACCGAAACUUUUUCUACCCAACUUCUUCCCCGGUUGUUUCUUUCACUCCUGGGGGUACCGAAAGUUGUCAUUUUUUAAUAAGUGAUAAGACAAGUGUUGGCCGGAAAACGUUUUAUUGCUUUUAUCAGUUGCAUGAUCGCCGUUGUUGUUAAUUACUGUUGCCCAUCUGGAAAUUAAGAGCGAGCCCGCUUUUGACGCAAGAAUCCAUUUCUCAUCUCCGUGGAAAAUUCGGUAAAGAAAUGGUUUGCUUUCCUGUCUGCUUAACAAGAGCUACAGAUUGUGAAAUGCUGGGCCCUGCUUACCAUCAAAAUUUGGUCCGAGGCCCAAACUCUAUUGGCCUUCCUCAUUUGUUGAAGGUAUCCCUGUUCGGUAGGCCACGGCGAAUGUAUUUUCUUCCGAUAAUACCUGGAUGGUCGGACGAUUUGCCACAACACUUGCGCCCAAAACGUCAUUGCCCAGCUCCGCUAGUCAGCCCGGUCGAUGGUCAUUUGAGAAGUCGAAAUCGCUCAAUUGGAAUUUUGUGUAACAACGCUGACACUUGCGGGCAUCUAAAGCAUUUAAAUAAACACCACAGAUUGUUUCGAUGUUGCGUUGUCCCUCUUGAGGACUUCAUACAGCCUACAGUGGCGAACAUAACUACCUUCAGAUUUUAUAUCUCCCACUUUGUUAGGUACAAUUUAAAAGGCAGAUGUUAUAUCAACUCCUAAAAUCAAGACCUCACUGAUUUACAAAGACCCAUAGUUUAAAUGGAAUGGACCUAAAAAUUUAGUAACAUUCAAAUUUUGACUGCAAAAAAGGACAUUACUUUCCGGUACCCCUCACGCGAUCCAUAUCUAAAAUCUGUCAAUCUUUACAGACUUUUCCUCCUCGGACAAACUGUUCAGACACCCGCAUGUUGCUUAUGCCAUUGACGGUUCACCGUUUUCCCUAGCGCUCUUAGGUCGAAAUUCCUAGAAUUAUUGUUGAAUGGAUUUCGUACUUUCGUUCUGUUAAUCCGAGGCGGUUUCCGUUUCUUGUGUCCUCUUUGAGUACAUAUACGUCUUUUUUCCCCAAGGAGUAAUUGAUGUGAGCAUUCUUUUGAACUUGUUUGAAAUGGUCGCAUUCACUUUCACCUCCUUUUUGUCCAUCCACUCUUUUUCUGACGUUUGUCUCACUUUCGUCGUUCAAGGCACGUCGGAGCUCCCUCCAAAAGGUUAGUUUUUGUUCUGGCCACCCUUUUUGCACUGCCUCGUCUCUGAUAUAUACCGACAUUCUCAGUCCAAAAACCCUCUGAGCUUGCCCUCCUGCCCAAUAAGCCUGCUUAUGGUGCACAAAAAAUGACAACUCGUAAUGCCUCUAGGUGAAGCCUUUGUGAUAGCAAACUGAGAAACAUGAUUCCCAACGUAUAUAGGGAAUAAUUCUCUAAUCGUGCCCUUCGAUAUAAUGCUGACAGACGACCAGUAUGUCAAGUGGUUGUGAAACGACUGUCCGGAUGACGCCCCCCAGCUUUGGCAAGCUCCUUAAGACUGACCGAAUCUCUUAAAUUAUCCACGAUGGGCGCUUAAAUGGCCUGUGCUAAUAGACUUGCUGCUAUCCCAUCUUUCUAGAAGUACGGCCUUCCUGGCCUCUAGGAGCCUGAAAAUGACAACUAGAAAAUUUCAGUAGUCUGGCCAAGGUGCCUUAACGUUUUAUGCCAGUUGGAAGGUGAGACGUUUUACUGUAAUUGUACUGUUUUAAAGUUGAACUCAUAUCAGUUACGAUCUUCGCAGUAGAUUUUGAACGUCCAUCAUUAUAAAUAUGACCGCGAGCCUUUUUUUGGUUCUUUACUUACACAGUUUUAGUUAAAGACAUGCAUACUCAACACCAAGUCUGAUCUGGGCUUCGAACUCGUGUUCUUUGGUCAUUGAGCGUUAGAUCCGAUGCUAUACCACUGAACCACGAACCGGCUGCCCUGUCGGUUGUGAUUUGGACCACUAUCAUAGGAAGGACGUUCACCGAUCAGGAACGGUGAUUGAGCUCCAAGGAAAAACUGGGCGAGCACGUCUUGUAACCUUGACUGACGAACACCUUUCCUACGAUAUGCUAACUUAUGUCCUUACUGGAGAUACAUGUGGCGGCACUAUCACGUUUUGGAUGUGUGGUCCACUCGAACGCACUGUUUGUCAGAUUUGUUAAGCGAUUACGCAGGACGCUUUCCGUCCCACACGGUCACGUCUUAUUUAGUCAUUUAUGCAUAAGUCUUAAGAGCAGAUUUUUUGGCUGAGACCACAAGUAACUACUGUUCAACGAUUUGCAAACAAAUCCACAAAUCAUCUUUCAACACGUCUUAGACUCUAAAUGCGUCUACUCUGAGGUGGCGUUGAAAUGUCCCCCUUGCUCAGUCUAUUCCUUACUUGCCUUAAUUAGCCCAUGUCAUAUACAGUAAAGUGCAUCAUAUUUUUCAUGUGAAGGCACGGCAUGCCACCGAACGGUCUUUUGCCACUUUCAUGCCACGAUUCAUGGUUUUGUCAUCACCUUUCUCACAAACAUAGUGUACGUUUUCUUUGUGCACUUCCGGAGUAGAAUAAAUGGGUCUGUCAAGGGUCUCUCUGCUUGUUCUGUUGUCUUCAGAACUCCUUUGCGCCUUUCCUUGCUACCAGAAAGCUACUCUAGCAUGCUAUUUGCGAAAUGUUUUCCUUCGUCUAUCUCUUUCAGGAUGACACCACCCCGAAAAUAAGCGUUGCAGAGGUUGCAGGCUCAGUUUGCAUACCCUUCGUUUCUGAGCCAAGUAGGACUGAUCCCGUCAGUGCUCCUGCACUGAACGAGCUAUCCCUCACCGCCGCCGCUGGGACGUCGGAACCAAACGUUAAGUUCAACAGCACCGACGUCGAAAUGCUGGAGGCCUUGUUGGCCUUUUCUAAGCCUGAAGAAGUCUUCAAGUUCCCCCCAAUCUCCGCUUUCUCACUCUGUUUUGCUAACCCCUUGUUGGAAAGGGCUUAUCGACAACAGGUACUGCGAGUCCCUCGUCGCUCUCUUCAGCUCACUCUUGCGACCCCUCGUAUAUCGCCCGCAGUCAAUGCUGUCGCGCACUUUCUCUUCUUCAUAUCCCUCCUUAUUGCGUGCUUUGUUAAUUUUCCCUGUCUUAGCGACAUUUCUUUCAUCCCCACCGCCGCCAUUGUCCUUGCUUGCGUCGGCAUUUUCGUGAAUCUGGCCUUUCUCCUUCUGGUGCUUGUUGACCUCGUUGCGUGGAGCCUCGGUUCCCAGUCAGUCCAGCUGGCCAUUUGGAAACAGAAUGUUUUCAGAGCUCACCGUUCCGCCUUCCAGUGGUAUGGGCGUAACAUAUUCGGCGCCAUCUUGAUCUGCUGUCCAGCGGCCUUUGUCCUAGCCAACUUUCAAGCCUGCCUCUUUUGGGCCAAUCGUAACGGUGACUCGAGCGAACCCUUCGAGGCCUUGGCCGAAUAUCGUGUAAUUAACGGCCUUCUCUACUGCAUCAUGCCUUUCAGUUUUACCCUCUUCCCCAAUUUCUCCUUCUGGACCAAGUCCCUGUGCGCUAGUGCUGUCAGUCUGAUUGUCCUCCUGCUUGUGCACUGGCCCUUUGGAUCCGUUACUGCCUGUCGGGAGCGCGCACUCUUGUUCACGUCAUUCGUGCACUCGAACCAGUCAGUUCCAGUCUGGGCCGCUCCGGCUACCAGCAACCUCUUUCCCUGGGAAAUGACAGUCGUCAUCCUUCUCAAUCUCGUUCUCGUAGUAGCCCUGAACAGAGAGAUUGACAUCAGCUUCCGAGCCAACUUUAAUCGCGACUUUGAGGCUAGCUGUGCAAAGAAGGCUAUCACACUGGAAAAGAUGCAGGGUGAAUGGUUGUUAGAAAAUAUUAUCCCGCGCUACGUACUGACCGAUUUGCGUAAAACAAACAAGUACUCUCAGCAUGUGAAGGAUGCCGGUGUCAUAUUCGCCUCGAUAGCCAACUUUUCCGAGUUCUAUGAUGAGCAAUAUCAUGGUGGCCAGGAGAUGCUGCGUGUUCUGAACGAAAUUUUCGCGGACUUUGAGCAUCUCUUACACUCAUCGCGCUUCAAGGAUGUGGAGAAGAUCAAGACUAUCGCCGAGUGUUUUAUGGCCGCGUCGGGGCUAAAUGUGGCCGAACGGAGUCGUAAUCGUCGUCCAGACGCCCAUCUCUACGCCCUCAUGGACUUCGCUAUCGAACUGAUUAGGAUCCUGGAAGACUUUAACCAGCAGAUGUUUAGCUUCCAUUUUGAGCUGAAAAUCGGCUAUAACAUUGGUGAGGUCACUGCCGGUGUCAUCGGAACAACAAAGCUGCUUUACGACAUCUGGGGCGACGCUGUCAAUGUGGCCAGCCGCAUGUACUCCACCGGACAGAAGGCGCGUAUACAGGUAACUGAAGAAGUCUCGCAGCGGCUUUCUUCACGCUAUGACUUUGAGUAUCGCGGUAAUGUUUUCGUGAAAGGUAAAGGGGAUAUGCGGACCUAUCUUUUGGUUGGCCCGAAGACAGAUUCCAGUUCCGUGAAACCAGCGUCCCCAAAGACCGGCUCUUAA